AUGGGCCUUGGACCGGCAUUAGAGACGACGGAAUCUUCAACUGGGAAGAGUACGACUAGGACGCCGGGCAUGUUCGUUUUGGCAUUAUCAAUGAGACGGCUGGAAGACUUACCAUCCACUUCAGUAAGCGCCAUCCUCAUAUGGAUACGGAAUAUCAAGUCGUCUCGCGUAUUAUCACGGAUGCUGUUCUCGUCGUUCCACAGAGAAACUCUAAUUUAUACGAAAUUCCCGCCGGAAGCACUGUCAAAUUCUGCUUCGAGUUCCCGGCUGAGUACUUCAGUGACAAUCAGCGAGGAGCAGGCGAAUUGUCGUUGCCCAAGUCAGCCGAGUUGUUACGUUCGGAAAGGAGCGCCACGGAUGACGAUCACUCCGGAUGGUCCGUACGAGGUUGCACCGGGUGAGGGGAUCAAUAUCACGUGCUCGGCCGUUUCGUAUCCCUUUCCGCGGUUGUUCUGGAUCAGCCAAAACCAACCGGUCCCGAACAUCAAUGAGAACCCCUUCGCCUUUAUGAGUGAGCAGUAUCUGAUCAUCAAGAAUUUGUAUCGUACGGAAAGGUUCACCUGCAUCGCGUCAAACCCGUUGGGCAAGGUUCAACGGACUGUCGAAAUCCGGGUUGCAGGCCCCGGGACACCACCAAUCCUCACUGCCCUACGGCCCAACCGGGAUUCGAUCUAUUUCCGAUGGGAUCCACCGCUGGUCAUCAACAGCCCAAUCACACGAUGCGCCAUCUACCACUCGGAAAAUGAACAUUUGCCGCUGGAGCAAUGGAAAGUCGACUAUGCCAAUGGACACGCUCGUGAAAUCACGAUCCAUGGCCUGCACCCAUCGACGCAAUACUGGGUGAAGUUGAGAGCGUUCGAUACGCGAGGUCCGGGUCUGAUCAGCCAUCCUAUUUCCGUUACCACAAGGCCAGCUGCCGUCGGGCCGUCUAUCCGAAUUCUGGAGGGUGACGAGGUAACGAUCGAGCCUGGUGCACCACUUGACAUCACUUGCAACGUUACGGCUGAUCCAAUUGCGACUAUUACAUGGCUGCAUGGAAAUAAGAUCAUGUCAAAACCCGAGCGCAGUACCGUUUCCAAGAUGCACAUGUGGGGGUUGAGGGAGAGCUCGAAAUUUACCUGCGAGGCGCAAAACGAAGUGGGGACCGAUCGCAGGACAAUAAGGGUCAAUGUUAGAGGAUCGCCACAUCAAAACUACCCGCUGGCAACACAACGGCCGAAGGCAACGCCACCAAACUUCCCCGUCACCCAGUGGAUCAUCAAAACGACACCGAGCACAGCGCAACCGUUCUUUGACAGUCGCGAAAUUGUGAUCGAGCCGGCGGAUCCGUAUCGAGAACCUCCACGAGUAUAUCAAACGCCGACAACCAGUAGCACCACUACGACGACUACUGCUACGACCACAACAACUACUACCACGACCACGGCCGCUACUAGACCCACGGUGCCCGUUACAACAACCACCUUCGCGCCGAGGACACACCCAACGACUACAACCACUACUACCACAACUACUACUACCACCACGACCACUACGACGACCACGACAACCACAACAACGCCGAGAACACGACCACCGACUACUCCUUACGUUCCAGAGAUCAGAACACAAGCACCGCGCUGGAAUCCGAAUUCAAACCCCAGCGUCCACGUACACCCAACGCGAGCCACCGACAAUGGGCUCACUAGACUCGACAUUUUGCCUGGAUCUCGGAUAACGCUAGCUUGCAAUGGAAGUGGAGAUCCGGAGCCAAGCGUCCAAUGGAUCCCGCAUGAGAAGGCUGACGAUCUGAAGUUCAAAAACGUCCAACACCGAGGGCAAAACUUCUUGCGAGUAUACAACAUCACAUCGAGGACAGAAUUCCGAUGCACGGCGCAAUCACCAGCUGGCGCGACAAUGUGGAGGGUAGUGCUGGAAGUGAUUCCAAGACUGCGCCCAGAUUGGCGCGACAAUCUGAUCUCGGCCGAAUUUGACGACGGUAGCGUCAUGGUAAACAUCGACGAUCGCCUGCGCGAUUGGCUAGGAAUUAAGGACAAUUGGAGCCUGUAUUUUACUGACGAUGCCGACCUGAAGAACGAUUGGGAAAAGAUUGAGGGCACGGGGGCUAUGCAGGGCAUUCGACUGGACGAGACGAACCAAUGGACGUACUACUACGUGGAGAUUGAGAACCCGGACACCGGGGUGUUGAGCCCCAACUUUAAGAUCAUCGCCAGCAACUGGGACGCCAACGUGGAGAUCCAGACUCCGAACCACAACGACGACGAGGAUGAUUAU